CCAUUAACACUUGGACUCUCAAGAGGCUACAGGGACCAGCACUGUCUGGACGAGAUGGCUCGCACGGGGAGAACUCUGCCCUGGCUGAUGCUGCUGGCACUGGCCUUGCUGGGCAGCAGCACGGCGGAGCGGGACUGCCGAGUAAGCAGCUUCAAAGUCAAGGAGAACUUCGACAAGACCAGGUACAGUGGCACCUGGUAUGCCAUGGCAAAGAAGGACCCUGAGGGAUUGUUUCUGCAGGACAACGUGGUAGCCCAGUUCACCGUAGAUGAGAAUGGACAAAUGAGUGCCACUGCAAAGGGCAGAGUCAGACUCUUCAAUAACUGGGAUGUUUGUGCUGACAUGAUUGGCUCUUUCACUGACACAGAGGAUCCUGCCAAGUUCAAGAUGAAGUACUGGGGUGUUGCCUCUUUUCUGCAGAAAGGAAAUGAUGAUCACUGGGUAGUAGACACAGAUUAUGAGACGUAUGCCCUUCAUUACUCCUGCCGCCAACUAAAUGAAGAUGGCACUUGUGCUGAUAGCUAUUCCUUUGUGUUCUCCCGGGACCCCAAGGGAUUGCCUCCAGAGGCACAGAAAAUUGUCAGACAAAGGCAGAUGGACCUCUGCUUGGACAGAAAAUACAGAGUUAUUGUUCAUAACGGGUUUUGCUCUUAAGGAGAUCCAAAACUAUGGAAAGAAACCAUGGAUGUAAAGUUAAAACAGUGAUCGAGUGUUCUCUUGAAAACCUUUUAAGUGGCUUCAUUUAGAUUUGGAGUAUAUUUAUCUGAGCUGUGUACCUCACCUUGUUCAUAAAUCAAUGAAACAUUUUAAUAAACUUGGAUUACAGGGAUGCAAAUUGUUUGCAUGCAAAUCUGUACAUAUGCAGACUGAUUUUAUUAGUAAACUGUUACCUAAAUGCACUGUUUUGAAAUGGGGGCAGAUGGCAAUAAUGGAGAAUUUAAUCUUUCUUUUUUUUUAGUGGUUUCCAUUUCUAAGAGAGUUUUAUUU